AUGGGAGUUAGCAAUAGUACUUUAUUUAAAAGGGUAAAUGCGAUUAGAGAUGAGUACAAUGGCCGUAGGAGAGGAACUCAUUUAGAUCGAGAUCCACAAACAACGCCAACUAGAUAUGAUAGGAAAUUUAUAAUACUUGGUGGAUCAAAUAAAAGUAAAAUCAGGUAUCCUUUACCAUCGAAUGCUGACGAAGAAAAAAGUUGGUUGGAGGAUCUACAACAUUAUUUAUCUAGGCAUUUAUGGCAAAGUAACUUCUCGUCUCCGAUCGAAAAAUUGCUUAAACGUGGGGCUAGAGUAUUAGAUCUUGGAUGUGGCAUUCCGACAUGGACAUUCGAAAUGGCUAAAGAAUUUCCAAAGAGUAAAUUCACGGUCGUCGAUUUCACUCCCAUACCAACAAAUCACCACGUAAAAAACAUUGAAAUCGUUCAACAUAGUCUCAGUAACCUCCCUUUCGAAGAUAACCUAUUUGAUCUCGUCUUCGUAAGACUUGGAGGAUUUUCCGACGAGGAUUGGGAAGACGUUUUAAAAGACAGUUAUCGAAUUACCACCGGAGGGGGAUGGAUUGAAUUCAUGCAAAUGGAUUCAAGAUUUUCUAAUUGUGGUCCUUACUUGGAAAAGUGGAAUGACGUGGUUGCGUCAAGUGAUUCCAAUAGUGAUAAGCUCGAAGAUAUGCUCCUAAAAAGAAAUUUUCCAAACUUACGACAUGAAGUCGCAAUUGUUCCGAUUGGAAGUUGGGGGAAAAAGACAGGUGAACUUUUGUUUGCAUAUAUGCGUCACCUCUUAUGCAAAGUGAAGUCCGAAAUGACGGAAACAGAUCAACCUGGUAUAAUCGACGAACUUGAUAGAAUAAUGGAAAGAGCCGAUCAGGAAUGUGCUCAAAACAAGACCUAUGGCUCUUUACAUAGGUUUAUGGCACAAAAAAGAUUUUAA